AUGGAGCUCGUGGAUCAGUCCAGUCAGUCGCAGGCUGAUGAAAAGACUCUGGCAGAGCCACCUCCGACCGGCAAUGUGGAGAGGAAGUUCAGUCACCAGGAAGUCAUUGCCUACGAUGAAACGGGUGCAUCUGGGGACAGUUCGAUAACCUUCCACCGGUUCAUGGGCUUUACAGCGAUGGCCUUCCUCUGGACUGGAAGCCAGAUUCCAGUCUACCUGUUUGGAGGUAUACCACCUUAUGUCUACGGAGACAUUGGCGGUGCGGAUAGAUGGGUGUGGUUUGUCCUGGCCAACUUACUCGCUCUUGCUGGUGUUUGUCCAUUUGUUGGGUCCCUUUCUGACCUCAUCGGCCGUCGAUAUGUCGCACUCAUCGGAGCUUCUCUUGUUUGUCUCGGAAUGAUAGUCAGCAGCACAGCGCACACAAUGAAUAUAUUCAUUGCCGGGAUGGCGAUUUCAGGUGCAGGUGCAGGCAUCAAUGAGUUGACUGCGUUGGCUGCAACCUCGGAAAUGGCCCCAACCCGAAAAAGAGGCAAAUACGUUGCAGUGUUGAUAUUCACGAUCCUGCCAUUUUGCCCAUCCGUCCUAUGGGCUCAGCUUAUCGCAGCACACAGCGGCUGGCGCUAUGUCGGGGCGUUCUGCGGUGCAUGGAAUGGCUUUGGUUUGCUGAUCACAGCGCUCUUCUACUUCCCACCACCACGAGUCAACUCGGAGGGCUUGAGUAGAUCCGACAUUUUCACUCGCAUCGACUUUGUGGGCGGCUUUCUGAGUAUUUCUGGCUUAAUAGUGUUUCUAGCUGGCCUGCAAUGGGGCGGAUAUCAGUAUGAUUGGACAUCGGCUCACGUCUUGGUUCCUCUCAUUCUCGGCUUUGCGGUCAUGGUUGCCUUUGCUUUCUGGGAGAUAUAUGGUGCAAAGUAUCCCAUCUUUCCGAGUCGGCUAAAGCAAGAGCCACGCAUCCUAGGUUUAACGUUGGUCAUUACGUUCAUUUCGGGAGCCAACUUCUUUUCCGUUCUCAUGUUUUGGCCGACACAGUCAUUCAACGUGUAUGGCCACGAUCCGGUUGAUGUUGGCGUUCGAAGCCUCCCCAUUGGUUUUGGUAUCAUGGCAGGAGCAUGCAUCAUUCUAUGGCUGCUCAGUAUCUUGCGUGGGCACAACAAGGAGCUGCUCAUCAUCAGCAGUGUUCUCAUGACGGCAGGCUGUGGUGCCAUGUCAAUAGGCCGCCUUGACAAUCUAUACCAACUCUGGGGUAUCAUGGUUGUCGCGGGCCUAGGCAUCGGGGGCAUUAUCGUUCCGGCCUCGAUCAUCACUACGAUCAUAUGUCCCGAUGACUUAAUCGCCACCAUCUCAGCCCUCACCCUUUCCAUCCGCGUUGCCGGUGGCGGCAUCGGCUACACCAUCUAUUACAAUAUUUUCAUCUCCAAGUUCGUCCCCAAUGCCAAGCACUAUAUCGGCGGGGUCAUGCUCACCCAGCUCAACAUCACAAACACCACCUACAUCGCCGAAGCGAUUGAACUCACUGGCGCAUCGUUGCUAGAUGAAUUACACCUCAUCCCCGGCAUUGCGGGCAAUGAAACUGCUUAUAAUGCCGUCGUGACGGCAGGUCAGCUUGCCUACGCCGAAAGUUAUAAGUGGGUGUAUUAUGCUAGCAUUGGAUUCGGGGGUGUGUCUAUCAUCGCGGCUUGCUUCUUGGGCAAUAUAAGGAAGUAUAUGGAUGAUCAUGUUGCUGUUGUGAUGCAUUGA